ACAAGGUAUGUACACUUCCACUUGUGGAACAAAUAACAUUACUCAUGUCCGUGAAGUGCAGCAUUUUAGCCUACUUUUUUGUGCUCUGAACUGAUAUAGAAUGCAUUUUCACCCUCAAGUCAUGAAAAUGUCGUGUCUGUCUGUCACAUUCAACCGUCGAGGGAAUACAUGCAGAAAUGGAGGACUUUCCUGAACACAGGUAAGAAUCCUGAAUGAUAAAAGCAGAGCUUAGGGUUUUUAUAAUAUCAUUAAAACAUCUGAUAAAACAGAAAAGUGAUUGGCACUUCAUAAUGUUAUCGACUGCAGCAUUAAUUACACUAGUACAGAAGUGAUCAUUCAUUUGAAAGAUUUGAUUACUUACAGGUUUAAUUCUAAAGAUAACAGGAAUACGUCUGUUGCAGCCUUUUUUAUGUAUCAUUUGUUUCAUUUCAGGAGGCAAUUAAAUUAAUAUUAAGAUAAAAUCCACUGUUAAGCCUGUAGGGCAUUAAUAUUAUUUUUGAUAAUGGUAGCCUAACCUUUGUUCAGCUAGCGUUUUCUACCGUCAUAUUUGGCACGGUAUGUCAAUAGAAUUUCUAUUUAUAGCUUCAGUAUUGUGAUAAUAUGUUGCCAUUGCUGCCAAAGUGUCGGUGGUGUCCAGAGACGGGACUGGAGCAUCAUCCGGCAUCACAUGCUGCUGUACCUGCUCUCCUCCAACAUGGACCAGUGUUUGGCCCUGACGUCAGCCGUCACCGCCCUGCUGCCUGCCUGCCUGCCUGCCUGCAGAAUCUCAGCCUACAGAUGAUGAUGGAGACGGGAGAAGAAGCGACCUGCUCGUGAAAACCAUCUGAAAAGAGGAAGGGGAGGAAUUAAGACGCACGCAAAGUGAGAUAAGUGUCUGAAUUAAAGACAAACUUUCGGAUGUUGUGGACACCAUUCACAUCUGGCACCGGAAGCGAUGCUCCACAGCAGCAGCAGCAGCAGCAGCCGAGCGCGAGGGAGCAGCGGGCUGUGGCGCACGGGUCAGGGUGUUCCUCCUGCGCGCGCGCCAACUGUGGAGGCGAUUUAAGGAAGACAUCCACCGAGCACCGGGUAAAUACCACCGACACGCCAACAUCUCCGCGGAUGUGACUGCUGAAGGGGUAGAAAUACCUUCUGAUAGGGUGGAGCUGCGGGUUCUUUAAUAAAGGAUGAGCUCGUCACUCUCAGCCUUAUUGUGAACGCUGAUAUUUAUGUCCGGCAGACAUUGUUCCUCAGCGCCUUGUUUUUGUGUGUGAACAAUGACACAGGUGAUGUUAUGUCACCGGGAGGACCGGUAAAGAGGAUGGCUGCGGGCUGCUGCGGGACGACCCCGAGCGGCUCUCCAUGGAGGCUGUUUAUGCAAUCCGACGCAGUGUUGCAAGUGGGCUGAUUUGAUGCUACUGCUUCCAUAUGAUAUGAUCCCCAGAAGUGGCAGGCCUUUAUGUUUCUGUGAAAUAAGCUCAGGCCUCUGUCAAACUAGAGGGGCUAUCUGUGCACGAGGGGGGCCCUUAUUUCUGCAUUUAAAGCAUUAAAAAGCGGGAACGCCAAUCAGAGCCACCAUGUCGAAAGUUGUCAGUAACAAGGAGAAGAAAUCCUUCAGCAAAAAGCUCUUCCGGAGGAGCUCGGUCCGCUCGGUGGGGAGCUUUAUGAACAGAGUUCUCCGGACUCUGUCGACUCUGUCUCAUUUCGGCACCGACGAGCAGGCCGCCGAGGACGAGAAGGACGACGCGGGUUCGAUCCCCAACACCAUCGGGGGGUCGCUACCGUCAGACGACAGCGACUGUGGGGGGUUCCCGUUCGGGGACAAAGUACCAGGUGUUGCCGGGCUCAAGAACCACGGGAACACCUGCUUCAUGAACGCUAUCCUACAGUGCCUGAGCAACACGGAGCUGUUCGCAGAGUACCUGGCUCUGGAGCAGUUCAAGGGGGCAGAGACCACCACCACCAGCAGCAGCAGUGACAAAACCAAGUCCAACGGGGUGCUGGUGCAGAAGAAGGGGAGCCAGCAGCAGCAGCAGGAGUCUGGGGAGGUAACAGAGCAGCUCUCCGGGCUGGUCCGGGCUCUGUGGACCUUCGAGUACACACCUCAGCACAGCAGAGACUUCAAGAACGUGGUGUCCAAGAGCGCCCUGCAGUUCAAGGGGAACUCCCAGCACGAUGCCCAGGAAUUCUUGCUCUGGCUGCUGGAUAGAGUUCAUGAAGACCUCAACCACAUCGUCCAUCCUGAAAUCAGACCACCGAGGAAGCCUCCAGUAGAAGAAGAAAAUCCCCCUGAAGGUUCUCCACUACCAGCACCUGGCUCUUUUGUACAGGAGUUGUUUCAGGCACAAUACAGGUCCUCUCUGACCUGCCCUCACUGCCAGAAACAGAGCAACACCUUUGAUCCUUUCCUCUGCAUCUCACUGCCAAUCCCAGUACCUCACACACGGCCGCUGUAUGUGACAGUGGUGUACCAAGGAAAGUGCUCCCACUGUAUGCGAGUCGGGGUGGCCGUGCCUCUUUCUGGCACCGUGUCCAGGCUGAGACAAGCUGUGGCCCAAGAGACCAAAAUCCCUGCCCAACAGAUCGUCCUCACUGAAAUGUACUUUGACGGCUUUCAUCGCUCCUUCUGUGACGACGAUGACGACCUUGAGAUCAUUCAGGAGAGCGACUCCAUCUUUGCCUUCGAGACACCUGAGCUAUUCAGACCUGAGCAGAUCCGCUCCAAGCGAGGCGGGAGUGGGAGCCCACAUGCCAACCUUAACCAGAACAACCUAAAGCAUGGCACAGAUAACAACAGGAUACCCACACAAAUACAAGAGCCAACAAGCCCACCUCAGAGUCCCAAUAAGAACAGCGGACAGGCGGAGAAGAUUGUCCUGUUGGUGUGUAACAGAGCCUGUGCCGGACAGCAGGGACGCAGGUUCGGUAAUCCAUUUAUCCUGUAUUUGGAGCGAACGGUAACAUGGGAUGUACUUCAGAAAGAAAUCUUGGAGAAAAUGCGACAUCUAUUGCGCCCUGGAGUCUUUGUGCAGGUGGGGCCCUUCACUCUGCGUGUGGUAGGAGUGGUUGGAAUCACAUAUCUCUUGCCUCAGGAGGAGCAGCCGCUCUGUCAUCCCUCUGUGGAGAGGGCAUUCAAGUCUUGUGGUCCUGGAGGUCCUCCUCAUGUCAAAAUCGUUGUUGAAUGGGACAAGGAGACAAAAGACUAUCUGUUCAAAAGGACAGAGGAUGAAUACAUCCCCGAUGCUGAAAGUGUUCGGCAGGCGAAGGAGCAGCACCUGCAGCCUCAGACCUGCUCACUCGCCCAGUGCUUUCAGCUCUACACCAAAGAGGAGCAGCUGGCUCCUGAUGAUGCAUGGAGAUGUCCACACUGUAAACAGCUUCAGCAGGGCAGCAUCAAGCUCAGUCUGUGGACUCUGCCGGACAUCCUCAUACUCCACCUGAAACGUUUCAGACAGGACGGAGAUCGGAGAAUGAAGAUGCAGAACAUGGUGAAGUUCCCGCUCACAGGCAUGGACAUGGCACCCCAUAUGGUGAAGAGGAGCCAGAGCAGCUGGAGCCUCCCCUCCCAUUGGUCACCGUGGAGACGGCCUUAUGGUAUGGGCCGUGACCCGGAGGACUACCUUUAUGACCUGUACGCAGUGUGUAACCAUCAUGGGACCAUGCAGGGGGGACAUUACACAGCUCACUGUAAGAACUCCAUUGAUGGACAGUGGUACUGCUUUGAUGAUAGCGAUGUUCAGCCUAUCCCUGAGGUUGAGGUCUGUAAGCAGACCGGCUACAUUCUGUUUUAUCAAAGACGCGCCACAAUCCCAUCGUGGUCUGCCAACAGUUCUGUAGGAGGAUCCACUAGCUCCUCUUUGUGUGAGCACUGGAUAAGUCGACUGAUGGGAAGCCGUCCGCCGAGCCAAGCUUCUUCGGGUUCCUCAAGACGCACCUCGUUGGCCUCGCUCUCGGAGUCUGCUGAGUUUGCUGCUGAACGGAGCGAGGAUGAUGGUUUAUCUAGCCGGCAGGCAGUAAGAGGCAUGCAGAGACAAACGUUCUCCUCAAGAUCUUCCAUCGCCAGCCCACUGGUGCUAAGUGAAAAUGGCGCCAAACCAACCUGGCCACACUCCGCUAAGCUCCAACUUCGCUCUAACUCUCCCUCACGCUUCUCCUUGGAGUCCCAUUCCUCCUCCCCAACCCUGGAGAUGAUAGGAGAAGUGGUUGAUAACUUCCCUGGGUCACCUAAACUGGAGAAACUGUCUGUUGGCCGCUCAGCGCUCGCAGCUUUGGAUAGUAAUCUGGGUAGUAGGAGGCUGAUCGAGCAGGUUCAGUCCAAGGCGGCAGCCCAGACGGAGCAGAGGAGCCCCAUCCAAGCAGGGGAGAAUAACAAUGUUGUCAACACUGCUGAACAGGUCAGUCCUCGGCAUGGGGCAGCAGCGAAAGAGCAAAAACAAAGAAACGGGGUAGCAGAUAGUGCUGGUGCUAAAAGGACUUCAGCAAAAACUGGGUUGGAGAGUGAAAGGAGUCCUAAGAAGCGGCCCGCCACCUCUUCCACGUCAUCAAGCUCUCUGUCUCCUGCAUCCCCUGCUGUUGACAAGCUACCUUCUCGAACACAGACCAAGAGUGCGUCAUCUGCGUCCAGCCCCAAGGACAAAAUUGAGGGUGCGGCUAAAGCUAGCAAGGCUAGUUCUUCAAGAACAGCGACCCCCUCUAAGAAAGGUGCAUCCCAAACCCCGGAGGUGUUACGUUCUGACUCCUCCCAGCAGAGGAAGAGCGGCUCCCCAGGAUCCCAAAGCUCGCACCCUCCAAGGAGGACGUCACCCAGAGCAGGAGCUGAGAAAAGCUCGGCCUCAGGAAGGACUAAAGCAGCAGAGAGGAGCACGAGCCGGGAUUCUUCGAGGACAAACUUGGUCCCAGAGAAGAAGGCUAACAGUGGAGGUCCUCCCUCCAGGUCGAGUGCUGCGAGCAGAGGGGAGAGCAGGUCGGGUCGGGCUGUUGAGAACAGACCAGCGGGCCGAAGCUCGAGUAGCAGCUCUUCUAUGGUGAGUCUCAGAUCGUCCAGUGUGGGUGUUUCCUCUUCAAGUGCAGCCCCCCCAUCAAGAGGGCCCCGCAGGAACAGUAAGACAGAGGAGAAAGGUCUAUCCUUCUUUAAAACGGCUCUGAGGCCAAAAGAGACCCGCAAGUCAACUGAUGGUGGGAAGACAGGGGCGGGGGAAGCUAAGGGAAGUCCAGAGGAGGGUGGAGGGGAUGCAGCUAAAGAAGGAGUCCUACAGGGAGCUGGGAAGAAAGCCCAGAACACUGCCUCAGAGGCUAACGCCACCUCAGCCAAAGACAAAGAGUCCCUGAAGGCGUCUGCUACAGCUAAACAUUCACUGCUGCCCUCCACAAGGUCCAAGCUUUCUGGAGCUGAAACAACCCCCCAGCAGUCUUCUGCCAAUGCAAAAGAGCCUUCGAAGAAAGAGCCUGCUAAAAAGACAAUGCAAUCGAGGAAGAUCCCCAUCAACUCUUCACAAACUAGCCACAAGGCCAAGUGACGUUUAACGGCCUGACAACAAUCUCUCUAAGUGCAGCUCUGAGGUGUUUUAACCAUCAAACCAGACAUCUUUAAAGCACCUGUAGCUUUUCAGUGCUUACUGGAAACCAGCUGCCAUACUGGACACCUACUGUCCACAUUGUGAAAAAGUUAUUUAGGAAUGGAUUUUAACUAAGCACUUUGUAUGGAUUGCAUUGAUUUUGAGGAAUAUUAUACUGUAUUGUAAAUAAGCAUGGUCUGCACAUGUAUUGAAAUGAUUGCCUUGUUCUGUCUGUAGCAUAGAGGAGAGAGGUACAUCUCAGCAGGAGGUGGAAAUUCAAACUGACUUUGCACAAAGAUGGAAAGUGAGAUACAUGAAACACGGACUACUCAGUCACCAAAGGAAGUUUACUGUCCAGUUUUAUCACGCUGAUGCAGUGAAAUGAUUCCCCCCCAAAAUCUUUAUGUACAGCUCUCCUUCAAUAUCGAGAGCCAUAUGUCCACUUCAAACAUCAGUGCCUCAGAUAAUCAAAGUAUUUAAUCUAAAUUGUAUAACUGCAGGUGUUGGUAAAUUUAUAACUGGAUUUUAAUAUUUAUUAAGCACUGAAAAUGUUGUUUCAAGUAAACCACACUUAAGCCUAUUUAACCUGAGCUGCUGUUUACAUACGCUCCUUUAUGUAGAAAUUGUGCAACAGCCCUAAGUGUUUUUGUGCAAAGAAAUAGAAGAUUGUCAUCAAGAGGGUUGGUCGAGAAGGGAAGGAAUGACGCAUGUGUCGUUGGUGUUUAAUGUCUGGAGACCUUCCUUUGUAAUGGUCCUUUAAAUAUUUGUGUUUUUAUUUACCUGUUACCCCUCAGACAAAUGCAGUCCCACCUCGACACCGCCUCUGAUCUGCCUCACAGGGGGGAUCAGCCUCUUCUUGUCAGACUGCCAGACAUCUCCAAACAUUCCUCUCAGAUGAACACAGGGUUAAAGUAAAAAAAAAAAAAAAGCCACUACACACACUGACGACACAUUCAAAGACAGCUGGGAUGCCUUCAUUUCAAACUGUACAUGUACAUAGAGCAUUAUGGUAUGUUUGACUCAGCCCAUCGUCACAGCUUGUGCACAUCUUCAGCUUGCAUAACAGAGUAGACCGACACUGAACUCACCGACUCAGACUGAGAUCACUGUUCGUGACGUGUAAAACAGAUGUUGCAUGAAGAAAAUUUGCUUAUGCAUGCACUUAACUAUGCAAGCAGACUCUUGCUAAUGCCCACACUGAGUAUGUAGACGUGCUACUCUUGGAUGUGUAUAUAUUUCUAUAACUGUAUAUUUUUCCAAAAUGCCAGCAUCAGAGAGCAUGUUAAGGCAUCCUUUAUUAAAGCUUUGUUUGCACAUUUCUUCAAAGUAAUAUAUACAUUUUGUAUGAAUGAUAAGUAUUGCUCAUUCACCCCCUCAAAGUAAAUCAACUCACUUUCAAAUUGAUGUUUUCUGUAUUCAUUUGUCUCACAUUUUCCUCACAAUAUAAAACGUUUGCUAGGACAUUUUUUUAAUGGCCAUCUUACAAGAUGCGGUAUCACUUUCAUUUUUCAUCUUUAAUGGUUUGAGAAGUGAAACCGGAUCUUCUUUGAUAAAUGAAAAACGACAGUGAAACAGUUCCAAAAACAGUGUUUCAUCCAAGGCAUUUGGGCAGGCUUGUUCUCUGCUUCUGAACAUGCACAUUUUCACGUUUCAGAACUUCGCCUUUAUAACUGCUUUUUUUUUGCCCAAUCACAUUUUUUUAAAUUCAAUAUUUGUAUAUUCAAAUCUCCCCCCAAAUUUCCAACAAUACUGAAAUCUUGGCAAAUAGAAGUGUCACUGUGAAAGAUUGCACUUGAAUGCAUCCCCCCUCCCCACAUACACACUUGUAAGCUCAUUACGACAGUAGUAACAAAAUGCAUCAGAAGUAAAGGUCUAUGAAUGUCAGUAUCGCAGUGGAGGAGUGGAGGAGUGAUGUGCAACUCCAACAGCCGGACCUCAAGCUACUUCAUUUAGCUUUCUGUCACUUCCUGGUGCGGAAUAAAAUGACAUCAUUAGUGCCUGCUGGCAACAGUGUGUCCAUACUGUGCUAUUACGUCCAACAUGCAGUAUAGAAACUGACAUAUGUAUGUCAUAGUGUUGAUGAAAAGAAAUGUAUGCAGUAACUUCAUACAACACGUGUGUGAAUGCUUAUUUUCACAAAUGCAUGAGAAUUUUUAUUUUUCCAUUUAUAUUCUGGAAUUUCAUGUCAUUUUCAGAGCAUACUGUGUUAAUCCAUUUUUGUGGGGUAGCAGUGUGUCAUGGCAUUGAUUUAUCAAUCAAGAAAAACAACAAUAACAAAAUAAAAUAAUGUAAUUAAGUAACAUUGUGUUGAGACAA